AUGUUGGAUUACACAACAAAUGUUCGUCGUGCAACUGCUGCAACUGCUGCAACUGCUGCACCUCAGAGGAAAAAGAAAGCGCCACCAAUCAACGUUAUUGCUGGAAGUGUGGGCUACAAUACACAACAUCUUAGUUCAAUGGGUAUUGACAGCGACUUUGUAUCGGAUAUGAAGCGGAGCAUUGAUGAAAUAAUGGAUGAGUUGGAGCGCAACCAAAAGCCAUCUUGGGCCUUGGGUCGACAAGCACCACCAAGAAUGAUUAUUGCAACUGAUCUCAUUCUUUCUCAGUUUGAGCACCGGCGUCCCAGUCUGCUGACUCUGUCCUUCCGCAAACUAAAGGUUUUUGUACUGCAAUGA